ACGCGAGGCCGCCCUGACAACCGAGCUACUUCGCCCACCCCCUUGGCUGCGGUUAGCACGAGUCGGCAUUCUCGGCAACCGAGAGCACAGCCCUUUGUUUUAGUUCUAGCUGACCUUUCGACCCCUCGUCGGCUUUAAUUAUCUGCGUUGUUUAUACAUUUCACCAUGGCGGCGAGCGCGAAACGAAAACAAGAGGAGAAACACCUGAAGAUGCUGAGGGAAAUGACGAGUUUGCCUCCCAACAGAAAGUGCUUUGACUGCGAUCAGCGCGGCCCAACCUAUGCCAACAUGACUGUGGGCUCUUUCGUGUGCACCUCCUGCUCUGGCAUCCUUCGAGGACUGAAUCCGCCCCACAGAGUCAAGUCCAUCUCUAUGACAACCUUUUUGCAACAGGAAAUCGAGUUCCUACAGAAACAUGGCAAUGAGGUAUGUAAACAGAUCUGGCUUGGUCUUUAUGAUGACAGAACCUCAUCCGUACCAGACUUCAGAGAACCACAAAAAGUCAAGGAGUUCCUUCAAGAUAAAUACGAGAAGAAAAGAUGGUAUGUACCUCCUGAACAAGCCAAGACAGUGGCAUCAGUCCAUGCUUCCAUCUCUGGUUCCUCAAACAGCAGCACUAACAGCACCCCAGAGGUUCGACCGCUCAAAACCCUGCUGGGGGACUCUGCCCCGACACUGCACCUCAGCAAGGGUACCCCACCAAAUCAGUCACCUGUGGUGAGCCGUGGACAAGCCCAUCCACAGCAGUUCCACGACAAGAAGUUCGACCUCCUCAGUGACUUGGGUGGAGACAUUUUUGCUGCCCCGCCCACCAAUGUGAAUGCAGCUGCCGGCUCCAGUUUUGCAAACUUUGCACAUUUCAACAGCCACACAAUGCCACAGAACACCAGUACAGGUGCAGAGUUUGCUCAUUUUGAUGCAUUUGGGAAUGGUUCUGAUUCGAAGAGUGGUUUCCCCUCUGCACCCGAAGCUGCAUUUCAGCCCCUGAAUACAGCAUUCACUGUGCUCUCAUCCAGCCGCAGUAUGGGUGAGUUUGCCACUGCUCUGCCUCUUCAGAGUGCACACAGUAGCGCCUCAGGGGGAUUGGCAAAUGCCACUUUUGCUUAUUUUGACAACUUCCCCAAAUCGUGUAGCGCUGACUUUGGAUCCAUCAGUUCCCCCUCCCAGAGUAACUCCACAGGAGCUGGCAAUAACGCUGUACAGAGUACUAGCGUUCCUGGUGAUAGAUACGCAGCCCUGGCUGACCUGGAUAACGUAUUUAGCUCUGCCAAAACAGAGCAAGGAGGAGCUGUUCCUGCUGGGGUGAGCUCUGGAACAGCAGGAGGAGUUGCAGGUUUGGUUCAGAAGCAGCCAGCAGGUACAGGAGGAGGAGACCGCUACGCUGCUUUGGCAGAGCUUGAUACCGUCUUCAGCUCCUCAGCUCCUGCCACGAGUGUUUACAACACUUCCAGCACCUCACAGGGCAGUGUGUUUGGAUCAGAGACAGCGGUGUCAGCAGCACACGCACAACAAGCCAUGCCUGGUGUAGUUCAGGGGUUUGGAGCACCACCAUCAACUAAUCCAUUUGUAGCUGCUGGCCCAGCAGCAGCUCCCACCAAUCCAUUCCAGUGUAAUGGCAGAGCACCACAAGUGGCGGCUGCAGCAGCAUCUUUUGGCACAGGCUCUAUGAGUAUGCCAGCUGGAUUUGGAAAUGCUGCAGCCUUCAACCUCCCUACCAGCUUUAGUGGAACAUUCCAGCCAGUCUUUCCUGGCCAGGCUCCUUUYCCCCAGCCUCCUGCAUUUCCUCAACAACCUAACGGAGGAGGAUUCCCUGCCUUCGGACCGGCUAAGCCUGUUGUGACUCCUUUUGGACAGGCUGUGAUGGCACCAGUGGUCCCUAACAACCCUUUUCUGGGUUCAGGUCCGCCUGCACAGUUUCCAGCAGGAGGCUCCUCAACAAACCCCUUCUUAUAGCGAAGCAUCUUGUCUGCUGCACUACAGGGUCACCAGUUGGCGCGCUUGCACCUCUUGCACUGUUUGGUUUCACAAGUAGCUUUAAGAAGAAACACAACGUUUGUAAGAAUCGUAUUUUCUAUGGCAGUUUGUCACAAACAGGACAACGUGCGAGGCAGUCCCGCUGACACUGUCUGUAACUACAAAACAAAGUGAUGUAUGCUGAGGACGAGGUUGAGCCUCUCUUUCAAUAUUUAACCUGUGAACCGGCUGAGUCUCCACUGAGCCACAAUGUAUACUCAAACUGGCUGAAAAACCAACCAUGCAAAGUUAUUGCAUCCAGUGUAUCUCAUUCAUUAUGCUGCAGUUUUUGUACAUAUAGUUUUUUUUUUUCUUUACAUUAUCUCUUUGCGCAUCAGUAUUUGUAUAACAGAAUUUAAGACAGGGCUGUUGCUUCAUUGCUGCCAGUUUCUGUAUCUGUAAAGAACAAAACUGUUCAUUUGUGCAGAACUUUUUGAGUAAAUUGUUCUUGCUAAAGAAAAAGAAAACAUUUUAUUGCUGAACGUAAAAAAAAAAGAUGCAUCAGAAACAGAUGGACGCUUUGCUCUGCCAUCUCCUCCGGUCUUGCAGAAGCCCUGGUCACAAACACUUCAGAACGACAACCACAAAAACAAUCUGGGGAACCAGAAAGAAUGGACUGAAAACCACUUUUAUUGGAUAAUAAAUAAUUUUAAGUUAAUGUGUAAAUAUAUAUACAGAAUAUAUAUUAAAAUCAAUUUUAAGUAAGAGAAAAU